AUGCAGUUUGUUGCCAUUAACUGCUGGGUCACGACAAUCUUCUUCUGGGAUCUCAAAGAACCCGGCUCCGGCAGUGCACAGGCACAACAGGAUUCUGAAAUCCUACCGUCUGGAGCUGGGCUUGAGGGAAUAGGAGCUAAACACGAGCAUCAACAGAAGCAGAGUGAGUUUGGUUUGGCCCACGUUGUUCCAGCGAGAGUUUUUACCAUGCGCGGAUCGGUGGCUGCGCUCCUCCACUCUUGUCUCAUGCUGCUGGUCCGGGCUGAGCAGUGGCUUAAGGACUCGGGCAACUGCGAACUCAACAAGAAACAAAGUGAACUCAACUCCUUCCUCUGGACCAUCAAACGGGACCCCCCUUCUUACUUUUAUGGGACCAUCCAUGUCCCCUAUACCCGCGUUUGGGACUACAUCCCCGAGAACUCCAAGCAGGCCUUUCAAGAAAGCAGCAUUGUCUACUUUGAACUGGACCUCACUGACCCUUACACCAUUUCAGCUCUUACCAGUUGUCAGCUGCUUCCUCAGGGCGAGAACUUACAGGACGUCCUACCUAGAGACAUUUACCGCCGCCUGAAGAGACACUUGGAGUAUGUUAAACUAAUGAUGCCGUCUUGGAUGACUCCGGAUCAGAGAGGCAAAGGGCUGUACGCGGACUACCUGUUCAAUGCCAUUGCGGGGAACUGGGAGAGGAAGCGCCCGGUGUGGGUGAUGCUGAUGGUGAACUCUUUGACCGAAGCUGAUAUAAAGACUCGGGGGGUCCCAGUGUUGGACUUGUAUUUGGCCCAAGAGGCAGAGAGGAUGAGGAAGAGGACCGGAGCAGUGGAGAAGGUGGAGGAGCAGUGUCACCCUCUGAAUGGACUCAACUUCUCUCAGGUUAGUUAG